CACCCUACGCGGCUACCAGGUGAGUGGGGCAGAGGCCGACCCCCGACACCCGCGUACACGACGCGAAACGCGAAAAACCACUUGUGCGUCUCGUCGAUGCUGGCCGCCGUCGCGCUCGCUUCCCGUCGCUCCCUAGUUCGCCCUGGUACGCCGCUACGACGUCGCCAGUUCCUCAUCCCUUAGGAGAAGAAGGGAGAAAGAGACAGAGAGAAAGAGGUAACGCCUCUUUAGCUCUGUCGUACGUUAGCUCUUCUCCCUCAUCCCCUCUCCUUCUCCACACACACACACACAUACAUACACUUUCACCCACCUCUCCCUCUCUCUCUCUCUCUCACUCCCUCGGUACCUGUGUAUCUCCACUUCUGUCACCCUCGCCGGCAGGGCUGCCGAAGUAGCGAUCGAAAGUGAUCUACGCGAGCCGGACAGAGAUCGUCGAGUGCGACGCGUCGACGGCUUGAGAAAAUAAAGGGUGUGCGUGUGGCUUGUUCGAGCAGGUCGCGCGCGACGGCUGUUUCUCUCUUUCGUGCUGCGGGUAGCCGGGUGACAAGGUACGGCUCUUUCGUCCAGGCGUCGAGGCGGUUUUUGAGUUCUCUCCGACGAGUCCGGAGCUUCCGCUGGAUGCCGACGAGGAAGUAUUGCGGAAUUAGUCGCAUGAUUAUCAACACGGGACGAAGGACUUUCCGCAGGCCGCGAAUUACGAUCCGCUGCUAACUUUUCGGAUCGGCGGGAGAAGAGAUUUUUUCUCUUCUUCGUCCGAGAUUGUCGGAUUUUCCCGACUCUCUCCGUCUCCUUUCUCUUUCCCACUUUCUUUUUUCUCGCGCGAAUCCAGCCGGUACAAAAAUAGGAACUGUCAUUCGAUAAAUCGAUCUCCGCGCCGCCCAAGCCGGCUGGGGAGACUGUGUGGUUGUUAUUGCCGCGGUGCCGUUCGCUCGUUGUGGUGUGUGCGUGCGCGAAGGUACAAUCUACUUACGUGAGCUGCAGCAGGCAUGAGCACUUCCGGCGCGAUUCCCCUGAUCCUGGCGAAGAAGGAGCAGAUCGUCGAAGGCGAUGGAGGCGGCGCCGGCGGAGAUGGCGAACCUAUCGUCGGCGGUACCAAUUCCGAGAAGAAGUCGGGAUAUGAGACCAACCUGUAUCUCUACAGUGAGGAGAUGGAGGAUCGGCCUCGGAUCUCGACGUUGCUCAACAGCCUGGCUAAUUACAGCAACACCAUCCCUGCUGCGACCGACCCGGAUAGUAAACCGGCUCCGGCAGCGGGAGGUGGAGCUCGAAUGGGCACUCUCAUAGGUGUCUACUUGCCGUGUAUCCAGAACAUCUUUGGUGUGAUCCUCUUUAUCCGGUUGACAUGGGUAGUCGGCACCGCCGGCGCCGUUCAGGGUUUCUUCAUCGUACUCUGCUGUUGUUGCGUCACGAUGUUGACGGCGAUCAGCAUGAGCGCGAUCGCCACGAACGGCGUGGUGCCAGCUGGUGGUUCCUACUUCAUGAUAUCGAGAAGCUUGGGCCCGGAAUUCGGAGGCGCGGUAGGUAUGCUGUUUUACACCGGUACCACCUUGGCCGCUGCAAUGUACAUCAUCGGUGCCGUGGAGAUCGUUCUCACUUACAUGGCACCGUCGCUCAGCAUAUUCGGCGACUUCACUAAAGACGCUAACAUUAUGUAUAACAACUUUCGGGUGUACGGCACCGCCUUGCUGAUGGUAAUGGGCACCAUUGUCUUCGUGGGCGUAAAGUUCGUUAACAAGUUCGCCACGGUGGCAUUGGCCUGCGUCAUUUUAUCCAUCAUCGCCGUUUACGUGGGUCUCUUCGUGAAUUUCUACGGCAACGAAGCUCUAAAAUUGUGCGUGCUUGGUAGAAGACUGUUAAAGGACAUCAACGUCUUUACCGACUGCAAUAAGAACGUGACUGGUGCCUUGCACAAGAUUUAUUGCGGCAACAGCACCACGUACACGAAGUGCGAUCCGUAUUACACCGAGAACAAUAUCACCAUCGUCGACGGUAUUCGCGGCUUGGCUAGCGGCGUGUUUCUAGAGAACGUAUGGGGUAGUUUCCAAGAGGAGGGCCAAUUGAUCUCUUACGGCAGCGACCCGAAAGAUAUCGAUGUCCUGUCGGGAUCGAGCUACAAUCAGAUUCAGGUCGACCUUACCACAACCUUCACCAUCCUCAUCGGCAUAUUCUUCCCCUCAGUGACUGGUAUCAUGGCCGGUUCGAAUCGAUCUGGUGACUUGGCCGACGCUCAGAAGUCCAUUCCGAUCGGUACAAUCUGCGCGAUCCUGACGACCUCAACCGUCUACCUGUCCAGCGUACUGUUAUUCGCCGGCACUGUAGACAACCUGCUGUUACGCGACAAGUUCGGCCAAAGUAUCGGCGGCAAGCUGGUAGUGGCAAACAUGGCCUGGCCGAAUCAAUGGGUGAUCCUGAUCGGUUCGUUCCUCUCUACCCUGGGCGCCGGACUGCAGUCCUUGACAGGAGCGCCACGGUUGCUGCAGGCGAUCGCCAAGGACGGCAUAAUACCGUUCCUCACGCCGUUCGCCACCAGCUCGAGCCGAGGCGAGCCCACCCGUGCCCUCAUACUCACCGUUCUGAUCUGCCAAUGUGGCAUCUUGCUCGGCAACGUGGACUACUUGGCACCAUUGCUGUCUAUGUUUUUCCUCAUGUGCUACGGCUUCGUCAACCUGGCGUGCGCCUUGCAGACGUUGCUGCGCACACCCAACUGGCGGCCACGCUUCAAGUACUACCACUGGAGCUUGUCGUUCCUCGGUCUGGCGCUCUGCAUCGCUAUCAUGUUCAUGACCAGCUGGUAUUACGCAUUGUUGGCGAUGGGUAUGGCCGGUUUAAUCUACAAGUACAUCGAGUACCGCGGCGCCGAGAAGGAAUGGGGUGACGGUAUACGCGGUCUCGCGCUCUCCGCCGCCCGCUACUCGUUGCUGCGACUCGAAGAGGGCCCGCCGCACACCAAGAACUGGCGACCGCAGAUCCUGAUUCUCUCCAAACUCACAGAGGAUCUCGUGCCCAAGUAUCGCAAGCUCUUCGCAUUCGCCAGUCAGCUCAAGGCCGGCAAGGGUCUUACCAUCAGCGUCAGCUGCAUUGCUGGCGAUUACACGCAGAACUCUGGCGAGGCUCUAGCGGCUAAACAAAGUCUCAGGAAGACUGUGGUGGAAGAGAAAGUGAAGGGUUUCGUCGAUGUUCUCGUGGCCAAGAACGUCAUUGACGGACUGAGCUCGCUUGUACAGACCACGGGAUUGGGAGGCCUGAAACCGAAUACAGUGAUUUUGGGUUGGCCGUACGGCUGGAGACAAUCCGAGCAGGAGAGAACUUGGCGAGUCUUCCUACAGACCGUUAGAAGCGUCGCGGCCGCCAAGAUGGCGUUGUUGGUGCCUAAAGGAAUAAACUUCUUCCCAGACUCCACUGAGAAGGUGGUCGGCAACAUUGACGUUUGGUGGAUAGUGCACGAUGGCGGUCUCCUAAUGUUACUGCCGUUUUUGCUGAAACAGCAUCGCACUUGGAAGAACUGCAAAAUGAGGAUCUUUACGGUCGCGCAGAUGGAAGACAACUCGAUACAGAUGAAGAAGGAUUUGAAGAAGUUCCUAUACGACUUGAGAAUCGAGGCAGAAGUCGAGAUUGUCGAAAUGAUGAACUCCGACAUCUCCGCGUACACAUACGAACGUACCCUGAUCAUGGAGCAGAGGAACCAGAUGCUGCGCGAGUUGCAACUAAACAAAAAGCAGUCGUUAGGAGUGGUGCAGACAUUGGUGGACUUCAACGAGGUACCCGCCGAGGAAAAAUUACCUCUGGUACAGGCAAUCGUGGACCACCAUCACAACGUGGACGCCAAAGUGCCAACGAAGGUGAGAUUCCAAGAGCCGGGCAGCCAGAACAUCAACAUCACCGACGACACGAAAGAGAAGCUGAUGCACGAGACCGAGCUGAACAACAAGGAGCUGGAGGCCGAGGAGAUCAACGAAAAGGACGAAGUGAAGGAGAACAACGACGAGGAGACAAAGCUGAUCGGCGGCUCACCUAAGGUAGAGAAUAGAGAGAAUACGGAGAAGGAGAACGCGCAGGAAAACAAGAGCCAGAGUCCAGAGGCUAAAAAACCCACAAUCACACCCGACGAGGGUGACGUGAGGCGUAUGCACACCUCAGUGAAGUUAAACGAGGUAAUCGUCAACAAGAGCCAUGACGCUCAACUGGUCAUUCUAAAUCUUCCCGGGCCGCCGCGGGAUACGAAGAUGGAGCGUGAGUCUAACUACAUGGAAUUCCUCGAAGUACUUACCGAAGGCUUGGAGAGGGUGCUGAUGGUGCGAGGCAGCGGACGGGAGGUGAUCACCAUUUACUCGUGAAGUGUGAAGCGAUCGGGAAUUGAUGCCGCCGCCUCGCAAAAGCAGAGCUCUAGUUUACUUCUCAGUGACCUAAACGACAUCACCCUAAGAAACACGCUGCUCUUGUGCCAUUGUCUGCGCAGUCAUUUGCGCCGCGCGCUCUGAGUCAUC